UGUGUUUAUGUGAACAAGAUGAUAACAUCUUAUUUGUGUUUAUGUGGAGGAGAGGAGAGAGGAAAAAUGGGCUACAUAUUUAUAUAGCCACCUGUAGCAUGACCAAUAGUGUAGUAUGUGUAGUAUGUAUAUAGGCCUGGUUAGAUCAAUUUGCUGUGGCAAAUUAUUUUUGCAAAAGUUUUAGUGGUAAAAGAUUUGGCAUUAGAGUUUUGCUAGUUGGUGUUUAGAUUCACGGUAAAGUUUUGCCAUUUUACUAGUAAAGAUAGAGAGAGCGCGGCUCCCAACAUACUUUUUAGCAAAAUUUGCUACUUUAGCCUCCCAAAUAACAAAUGCCAAAUUUGUCAACUUUUGCUACUAGUGUUUAGAUCAUUUCGAUAAAAAAAUGCUCCAAAACAACAAAAGUUUUGUCAUUUUGGAGGAACUAAACAGGGCCAUAGUUAACUAGUAUUGUAUUUAUUAGUAUGCUACUAAGUUUGAUAUAGAUGAUGUGUUAAUUAUAUUAAUAAAGUUAGUAGUUGGCUUAUAUUAUUAAACUGCUCUAACGGAUAAACCGCGGUGGUGGUGGCGGUCGUACGCACCGAGAGCGGGAGAGCCCACGACGAGCGAAACGAUCGCUAUCCUCCGGUAAAUACGCUCGCAAACUCCUGCACAUUCCUGCGUUGGUGGUGGUUCCAAGCCCGAAGCGUGCCGCCUCCUCGUGUCCCUUUCUCUUCCUUGGAUCGGCGUCUCGUCUCCUUGUUUGCCACGAACCCACGACGCCCUCGUCGUCUCGCGCCCAUCUCACCCGCCUCUCCCCUCCUCGCCUAUAUCAACAAACCAACCGGUUUCUUCGCCGGUGAGGCUAUGCACCGGUGAUUGGCUGCUCUGCUCAAGCCAAGGUAAGCCACGGCUUUCUUUCAUUCCCACUGGUAUUAUCUCUCUCUAUCCGCUAGUAAAUUCAACUUGGUAAAAUUGCUCGGUAAAAGUUGAACCGACAUCCGACAUGUGUGUAAAUCUACAGUUCUAUCCGGCCUUGUUCGGUUAAUCUUCAUGAGAAAGGGAUCGAAGGUUGAGGUGUGGAAUAAAUACUCUCCAAAUCUCCUUCAAUUUUCUUAGAGGAAGGAUUAACCCAAAAAGACCUUAGUGUGUUAAUACUUUUGGUAAACUUCAGAUUAUUGAUUUUUAGCUUACUGUAUUACGCUUGAUUUUGUUUAGUACUACAUCGAAAAUACUGAUCGAUCGACGGUAAGAGUGCAGGUUAUCGAUCGUCUUGGACAUGGCCGAAAUCGACACUAGGCCGCUUGGAUCUGUACGAGCAGCACUGACCCACUUCCAGCAGAGAGCUGAUCAUCACAGCAGGUUUAGCCCAGAUAGAAAUCUGCAGGAGAUCGAGAUCCUGACGAAGGAGCUCGCGAGCUGCAGGAUGCAGCUCGAGGUGAAAGAGAACGAGAAGAUCCAGGCCAACCUGAAGCUCGAAUCCCUCCAAAACGCCAUGCAAGAAUCGUCCGACAACCGGAUGAUCGCAAGGCAGCAAUCUGAAGCUUCUGAAGAGUGCAAGGCACUGAGGGACGAACUGACCGUCGUCAGAGGCGAGCUCGACGCCGUCAGGAGCUCGAACUCGUUUCUGCUGAGAGAGAUCGAGCUGAUGGAGACGAGGAUGAUCCUGGAGAAGGAGAGCAUCAGGGACUCUCUGAAUCACGUGCUGCAGAUCAACGAGUCCGUUCUUUCGUCUGCUGUCGCCGCGAUCAGGGCGGAGGAGGAGAGGUCGGUGUUCUUCCAGGAGAUCACGCUCGAGUUCUUGAGCUCUGACAAGAACCGGGAGGUGAUCGACCGGCAGGUGGAGAUGAUCAAGAACCUGGAGAGUGAGCUGAUGGCGAAGACGGUGGAGAUCGCUUACCUGCAGUCGCAGCUGCAGCAGGUGAAGGAGCACUGCAUUUCAUCGGAAAUCAUCGCAGGGAACCAAGAACAGCAAGCGGAAGCAUCGCUGACGCUGGGCAAUGGCGACGCGGAGGCUGUGGUCGUCGCCGGCGGCGGGUUUGUCGCGGUGAUCUCCAAGGAAGACGACGGCGGCGGCGAGGAGUUCUACACGAAGGAGAUCGAGCACGAUCAGCAGCAGGCGGCCGGGGCGGCGGGGCUCGCCGUCGCCGAUGGGUACGUGCUCGUGGCGAAGAGCGACGGCGGCGACGCGGACCUGAAGGGGAAGCUGGAGGCGGCGCGCGCGGAGAUCGGCGACCUGCGGUUCAGCCUGGAGGAGGCGGUGAGGCGGGCGGAGCUGGCCGAGGAGGCGAAGGCGGCGCUGGAGAGGGCGCUCAGGGAGGAGAUCCAGAGGAAGGCGCAGCCGCGGAACACGCCGUCUCUGACGACGACGACGACGACUCCGGCGAAGCCGCCAUUGACGGGGCCGAGAGGAGGCGACGGGAGGCCAUUGCCUGGAGGCUGCCUGACACUGGGGAAGGUGCUCAACAUGAAGUACAAGUAAAACUUUUUCAGGUUUUUUCAAGCAAAGCAUGCAUGAAUUCAAAGAUUUCAAGUGAUGCUGGUGUAUGCCUAUGACUUGUUAUGAUUACAUUCAUGUGCUUCCUUAAUUGUCUACUUAAGAUGUAGUAUGACUGUAAGAGCACUCAAAUGGAUGCCAUAUAUAUUAAACUAGCUGGG